AUGGCGCGUGGCAACCAGCGUGACAAGGCUAGGGAGAAGAACCUCAAGGAGCAGGCCGGAAAGAAAUCCAAGAAUACGCAAUCCGGUACCGAGUUUGCCCGCACCAAGGAGAACGUUGCGGCUAUCAUGCGCGCUAAGCAGGCUGCUGCUGAGGCAAAGAAGGCUGAAACUGCCAAGAAAUGA